AUGGCGGGAGGCAAUCUCGAGAAGGGACAACGCUACAUCGUGGCCUUGGAUCAGGCGCGGGCUCAGGGAAAAUGGGAGGAGGUCCCCGAAUUGAUCCGAAAAGUCACCAAACACGCUCCGCAACAAACUUGCAUUAUUCAAACUGCGACCGCCGAAUCUCGAGUGGUAGCAUACAUCCAACAAAAGACUACCACUGAAUCUACAUCCACUCCGAACUUGCCCGAAUUGAUCCCCGCUUUGUUGACAACGAUCGAGAAUAAUGACGGCACCCCGCAGGAGAUCCUGCAGGCUAGGGUAUGCCUGGGAUGGAUUCACUGGACACUCAAUGAACCGGCACUGGCUGCGAGUCGUCUUCCACAGGACUUUACUGCCACUAUUGAUAGCCUUUUAAAUGAAGGGCAAGAGUUGUCCAGCUGGACUGAGGUCUGUUUAGUCAAGGGAUGCUACAUCAAGGGAUCUGCUCAGUCAACAGUGGCAAGCAUUGAUGAAACACUGGAGACCUUUGCAGCCUUGAUCGCAUGGCUUGGCAAUGGGAAACUCACCAACAAUGCCAACAGCCAAUUUCUGAGCUGGUCCGAAGCUCUGCUGGGCAAGGGAGCUGUGAUGGCCAGUGAGGAAGCUGGGACAGCAACUCCAUACUCCGACCCUAGACAUGUGGAAAUCGCACUACGAUUGUUCCGAUUAUGGUCGGUGCAUCCCGCAGUCAAGGGAGGGAUGAGUGCUCCCAAUGCUGCAUAUGCGGGUGCUCCUGGUCAACCCUCUCGUACAUCCAUCUGGAAAUCAUACUAUUUAUUCCUCACAAUUGUUCUCCAGGAUGGCCUAGAAUACCCACCUCCACAUGAUGGCGCAGGUCGUCCACAGCUUGCCAGUGAAUUGCGCCGUAUUGAGGGUAUUUGUGAGAGUAACAUCCUCCGAGAGGUCAAGUUUCCCACUGCGAGCUCUGAUAAUUCUCAGGUGGAGGAAUGGGUAGAGCAGGUUAUUGGCAAUUGGGAGGUGCUGUGUGGUCCCAACUGGCAUGAUCAAGACCUCGGCGAGGGAGGUCAAAAUGCCGUGGGCCGCAAUGUUCUGGAUAUCCUGUAUCGUGCCGCAACGAAAACUUACCACUCACACUUGAUUCUGCGACGCCUCUUUCAUGUUCAUUCCGCGCUGGCAGAUUUUGAUCUUGCUAUGCAGGCGCAUGAUUCCUACGUCGAGAUUGUUACUGCAGCUAAGAAGCGAGCUGAAAAGUCGGCUGAAUAUGGAGAGCUAGAAAAGGAUGAGACAUUGUUACAAACUCUUUCUGAGGGCGUCACACUAUUGUGCUGUCUUGGGUCGUACGAAGAGGCAGAGAAGGCAAAGAAUUUGACGGAGUUGAUCAAAGAGUAUAUUGAUAAGCAAGAGACAAGUCACAGUGAGGGUCAGAGCAAUGGCAAGCUCCUAUCUUCGCAUGGUCCUAACUGUGCCAAUUCUCCAGAUCUCCCUGCUGCUGUACUAGCCACGUCCUACCGCGCUAUCGGAGUUGGCCUUGCCAACUGGGCUAGCUACACUCCUUUGAAUGAAGCCCGGGAUGAAAUUCGAGGGGAAGCAAUCGAGUACUUGGAAAAGAGCAUCGAUCCCGAAUACGGACAGGAUACCAACUUCCCUGCGCUGUACACCCUCGCUCUUACACUUGCCGAAAACCGAGAUUUGGAUGGCGCAAUCGACUAUGCGAAGUCCGCUCUGGCUUCUCACAACUCAUCGCCGGUCACGGAUGAUCUCAAUAAGCAACGGGACCUUGUUCCAUUUUGGCAUCUGCUUGCAUUGCUACUAAGUGCCAAGCAGGAAUUUGACAUCGCAGAGCGCUCCUGCGAGGCAGCAUUCGAGCAUUUCCCUUCUGACAUUUUCUCCAAGAGCCAUCGCGAGCAGCGUCGAUCAUCGAGACAUUCGCAAAAUGGUAUCAAGCGCUCCCUGGCCAGCCGUCUACAGGGUCGAGAGAAGGAGCGCAUCCUCCAAACUCGUAUCACACAACUUGCGUUCACCGAGGUUUUGGAAGGCCCGGAGGCUGCGGUGAACCAAAGUGAGCAGCUGCUUGGUCUCUUUGGCACCUUGUUCCAAGAGCUGGAUCUCGAUGAAGGACAAAAGAGGUCGGAUCACCUGGUUCCCCCAAAGAGCUCUGCAGGCACAACCAAGAGCUUCCGCAGCAGUAUCUUCCAUAGAAACCGGGUAUCCCAGCUGCCCGAUCGCCGUACCGAUCGCUCUGCUAGCUCUCACUCUGCAGCUCCGCCUGUUCCGUCCCUACCCAAUGGCUACUCUGGCUCCGACGCCCCGGAAAUCCAAGUCACAGAUGAAGAUUUUCAUAACAGUCCCGGACUCGGUCGAUCUGAUUCCAAGAAGUUGAGAAAGCGUAGUUUCAGCUCACAAAGGCCCGAGCAGCCACGAGACCAAGAUGCAUCAGUGCCUCACGAAGACGAAGUUGGCAUUGCUGUAUCUGGUAACUCUACGCCUGUUCCUCGCGAAAAUUCUCACUCUUCUUUUGCCAAGCAGCCCCUCCAACCAAUUCCCCAUAAUGUCCACCACAAAAUACAGCCAUAUCCAGUUGGUCACGAGGAUCAACCCCCGCAACAGGACGUUCGGCUCCCUGCCGCUCAAAGAUUUGAUUCUCCCACCAGUGCAAACACCAAAUUUUCCGUUAUACAAUCCAAAAAGCACGCACUUGCACUUUUAGUGAAGAUCUGGCUUAUAAUCGCGGGUCUGUAUCGUCGAGCAUCCCUAUUCGAUGAUGCGCGCGAAGCCUGUGAAGAGGCUCUGAAGCAGACUGCCCGAAUGGAGGCCCUAGCCUCUACCGAGGAGUCAUCGGCUCGUCACUUCAGCAAGCGAGGUUGGACUGCUGCCAAGAGCCCCGAAGAACUCUGGGCAGAUGUAUAUGCCGAGGAGGGUCUUCUAUGCCAGGCUCAGGACAAGCCUCACCAAGCCAUGAAAUACUACGAAGAUGCCCUUCUGCGUCAUCCUGAGCAUCCGAUAGCAACUAUCGGGUUGGCAAACCUUCUCCUGGAUAUCUGGGACCAGAAGCUUGCUCCUGAAUCAACAAAGACGGAUGUGGAUAUCAACAUUUCCCGUCUGUCCUUGCUAUCUGACAGUGCCAAGCUGAAGUCAGCCCGUGCCAUUUCGGCUGAUGAGCUGAAGCAUCCUGAGGCGGCUGAGAUCCCAUUGCCAGUCUCAGUGUCUAACUCCCCUCACGAAGUCGACCCGAAGCACUUGCAUCGCCUUGCAGCUCGUGACCGUGCGUAUGGGCUGUUGUCAGUGCUCACCAAGCUUGGUAGCUCAUGGGACAACUCCGAGGCCUGGUACGCGCUUUCUCGCGCCUACGAGGCUGGUGAACAAACUGAGAAGCUGAAGGAAGUUCUGUGGUGGUGUAUUGAGUUAGAAGACCGUCGACCAAUUCGACAUUGGUCUAAUAUCGGGUCUGGGUUAUAUGUGCUUUAA